GCAGCACAAUGAAUUCGAUCAAAGCCCAGUCGACGGGCAGCCCCAAGAAAUUCAACGUAUUCGCCCACGUCAAGUACGAGCAUAUGGUGGCCGGAGUUUCCGGCGGAGUGGCCUCCACACUCAUCCUACACCCCCUGGAUCUGAUCAAGAUUCGGUUCGCAGUCAAUGAUGGCCGCACAGCGACCGUGCCGCAAUACCGGGGAUUGGGCAGCGCCUUCACCACCAUUUUCCGGCAGGAGGGCUUCCGUGGUCUCUACAAGGGCGUCACCCCCAAUGUCUGGGGAUCCGGUUCCUCCUGGGGCCUGUACUUCAUGUUCUACAACACCAUCAAGACGUUCAUCCAGGGAGGCAACACCACUAUGCCACUGGGCCCUGCCAUGCACAUGCUGGCCGCUGCGGAAUCCGGAGCACUCACCCUGCUGCUGACCAACCCUAUCUGGGUGGUGAAGACGCGCCUGUGCCUGCAGUGCGAUGCCGCAAGCAGUGCCGAGUACCGGGGCAUGAUCCAUGCCCUGGGCCAGAUCUACAAGGAGGAGGGAGUGCGGGGCCUGUACCGCGGCUUUGUGCCCGGCAUGCUGGGCGUCUCCCACGGAGCCAUCCAGUUCAUGACCUACGAGGAGAUGAAGAACGCCUACAACGAGUACCGCAAGCUCCCCAUCGACACGAAGCUGGCCACCACCGAGUACUUGGCCUUCGCGGCCAUCUCCAAGCUGAUCGCGGCGGCGGCCACCUACCCGUACCAAGUGGUGCGGGCGAGGCUGCAGGACCACCACCAUCGCUACAACGGCACCUGGGACUGCAUCAAACAGACUUGGAGCUUCGAGGGCUACAGAGGCUUCUACAAGGGUCUCCAGGCGAGUCUGACGCGCGUGGUGCCCGCCUGCAUGGUCACCUUCCUGGUGUACGAGAACGUCUCGCAUUUCCUGCUGGCCAAGAGAAAGAGGAUCCAGGCCGAGAAGGAUGCUGCGAGCGUGUGAUUUCCCCCUGCCGGGGAUUCUCCAUAGUUCCCCAAGACAUCUUACCUUUGUGUGACAUUACCGCAUGUCCUUGUAGUCAUCGGGCGGUUGCAAUCAUGUUGAGCAUGCGCAGCUGCUCCUAGUUUAAGCUUUUACUACUAAGCCAAGUCACUGUUGUUCCUAGUGGGUUCCGAUAUGGAUUUUUUGAUUGGAUGCUAAACAAAAGCCAUUGGUAUGCUAAUAUUGUAGGAACCUUAUAAAAGAUAUGUUUAAAAAUGUAAUUACUGUGAAAAUAAACCAAAUUUAUUGUAA